AUGCGAGCUUACUUCUACGAUGGCCUUCCAGGCGACCAGCGCCUCCCCCACAACUCCGGAAAGCCCGUCAGCGUCGAUGAUCUCAUGAACAUUGGUGUUUACUACUACCAUCUUCCCGAGCUCGAGCAGGUCGACAACCUUUCAAAGGAGCGCGAAUACAAGAACCGUGACGAGAUCACCGUCUCUCCCCAGGCCAUGGGCGACAUUUACGAGACAAAGGUCAAGUCUUUCUUCGCCGAGCACCUACACGAGGACGAGGAGAUCCGCUACAUUCUUGGUGGACGUGGAUACUUUGAUGUUCGAAGCAAGGACGAUGACUGGGUGCGCGUUUUGCUCGAGAAGAAUGACUUGCUUAUUCUCCCUCCUGGCAUUUACCACCGCUUCACCACUGACGAGAGCAACUUUGUCCAUGCCAUGCGACUGUUCAAGGAAGACCCCAAGUGGACGCCUCUGAACCGCGGCCCCGAUGUUGACAAGAACGAGCACCGACAAGAAUACGUGAAGCAGUUCAUUGGCGAGUCUACCGAGUAA